CGUUACGCACCUGCUUACGUCUUGACGUAACAUUUACGUCAGGAAGAAGCUGGCACCUGUUAUGUAGCAUCAUGAAUUGUGUCCAGAUCCAGUAAAACAGCUGUCUGCAGGUUAUUCACGGCUUCAGAGGGGCUUCCGGAGAAACCGGUCGAACUAAAUGAUAAAAGAGAGGGUGGAGAGCAGUCCUGACCUCAAAGAUGAGGCGUCUGUCUAAAAAAAAAGCCCUGAGUCUUGUGAAGGAGCUGGAUGCCUUCCCUAAAGUGUCUGAGAGCUUUAUGGAGACAACGGCGUCGGGAGGAACAGUGUCCCUCAUAGCUUUCAGUUCAAUGGCAGUUCUGGCCGUCUUGGAAUUCUUCGUUUAUCGAGACACUUGGAUGAAGUACGAAUAUGAAGUCGACAAGGAUUUUUCCAGUAAACUUAAAAUAAACGUGGACAUCACAGUCGCGAUGAAAUGCCAGCAUGUGGGAGCGGACAUUCUGGACCUCGCUGAGACCAUGAUCACCUCCACUGGUUUGCAGUACCAGCCUGUGAUUUUUGAACUGACACCACAGCAGAGACUGUGGCAGAGGACGUUGCAUCUCAUACAGAGCAGGCUGCGAGAGGAGCACGCUCUGCAGGAAGUCCCGUAUAAAACUCUGCUGAAGGGAGCUCCCACGGCUCUGCCGCCACGAGAGAGUUCAUCCAUAGAACCACUCGAUGCCUGCAGGAUUCACGGCCAUGUUUAUGUCAAUAAGGUGGCAGGAAACCUGCACAUCACAGUUGGGAAGCCUAUCCACCACCCCCAGGGCCACGCACACAUUGCAGCUUUUGUCAGCCACGAGUCGUAUAACUUCUCCCAUCGGAUAGAUCAUCUAUCUUUUGGCGAGGAGGUACCCGGAAUAAUCAAUCCUCUGGACGGCACGGAGAAAAUCACUUACAACAAUAACCAGAUGUACCAGUACUUCAUUACUGUGGUGCCCACCAAGCUGAACACCUACGAGAUAGCAGCAGACACGCACCAGUUCUCCGUGACCGAACGAGAGCGGAUGAUAAACCACGCUGCUGGCAGUCACGGCGUUUCCGGCAUCUUUGUGAAGUACGACACCAGCUCUCUGAUGGUGACGGUCAGCGAGCAGCACAUGCCGCUGUGGCAGUUCCUGGUGCGACUGAGUGGGAUCAUCGGAGGCAUUUUCUCCACAACAGGCAUGCUUCACAGCCUCGUGGGCUUUUGUUUUAAUGUCAUCUGCUGUCGCUUCAAAUUAGGAGUCUACCGGCCCAGAGAGGUGAGUCUUGACAAAAAACAAACAUCUUCUGUGUCAGACUUUUCUUUAAACCAACUGAACCUUUUCCAGGACUCGCUGCUGCACAACCAGAUGAAUAAUCUGACCAAUCACCAAUCACCUCUCCUGGCUGGAAAUGCUGGUCUGGAGUAGAAACUUCAGUCGACGGCCUGUCAAAAACCUGCAAAAAAGAAGAAACGAACCUCCUCCUCCCUGUGGGACACAUGUGCACUCAGACUAUCAGACAUUUCAUAUUCAUUUUAAAGCACAUUUGUGUGUUUUUAGUUUAUUAAUCACAGCUUUGCACUUUAGAAGACGCUUACCCAGUGACAGCAUUUUGUGUUUUAGUGUCUGUGGAUUCAUUUAGUCUCAUAAUUGCUGUUUUGUGUUGAUUUUCCCCAACAAUAAAUUCUGACAAUCUUGA